AUUGGAGAAGAGAAGCGGAAGCGCGCAGUGAGGGGCGAAGUCGGUGGAGCUGAUCGGGCGGUGCCGCUGCUGUCCGGUAUUGAGAUUCCCAUCGGUUGACCAUGUUCACUUGUGAUAUCUGUGGACAAGAUGGCCUGUCUGAGCCAGACAUGAAGAUACACAUUCUUAUUGCCCAUGACGAAAAUGAGUGCAGCUGUCCAUUCUGCAGCCUGGAUGGAAUAAACUAUGAUGAACUGAUGGUCCAUAUAGACAUUUCUCACAAUGAGACAGAACCCAUCCACAAUGGAAAUUUAACUGGUAAAGACAAUUAUCUACAUUCCUCCAUGUGGACUAAUGGGAUGUCCCAGUCCAAAGUUGAAAAUACCUUAGGCCACAAAGAAUCAAAGGUGGAGAGGGUAAAAGAGACAAAAUCUGAAGAAUUUCCAAUGUCCAAUUCUAAUUCUGGGUUUAAAAAACUAGAGAGACAAAGUUUACCCAGAAAGAGGGAAUCUGGAAGAUCAGUGCUUUCAGAUACUUCCUGUGGACAUUUUUCUGGAACUGUUCAAAAGCAACCAGAGAAAGAUCAGCAUCGAAAAAGAUCAGAAAAGAAAGGAAUGUAUGGUAGUUCUGAAGAAUUUGGGAAGACUGAUGCCCCUGAAUGUCCUUUUUGUGGUUUAUUGGGAACUUCAGGAGAUGAUCUGAAUGAACAUGUUAAAAUCCAACAUGCAAAGUUGAUGGAAAAUCCCUCAAAAGGUUGUAGGAAGGAGGCAGUGUAUCCAUGUCCCAUUUGCAGCCUGGUCUUUGCAAGUUGUCAGAUACUGCAGGAACAUGUGGAUUUGCACUUAGCGGAGAACAGACCUGAAGAAUUUCUCCUGGCUGAUCGCCAACUAGCCCAAAAACUACAAGAAGAGGAGGAAAGACUGAGGAGGUUAAAUGAAGCAAAGAGAGAACAAGUGGAAUUUCAGAAACUUCAGAUGCAGUAUGGUUUAGAUAACCAAGGAGGAUACAAACAACAAGCAUUUCAGAAUAUGGAGCGGGCUGUGGAACGUGGUCAAAUGAAUCCUGCAGAGUACCAUCGAAGGAGAGCAGCAAUAAUGGAGUCAUUAGCAUUGGGGGAAGAUGAUGGCAGAACUAAGACUUCAGGGUUGAUAAAAGCAUUGAAUGAAUAUUACCAGAGAUGUGGUACAGAAGUACGACGUGUCUUUUUGUGUGCCGAAACCAAUCAUUAUCAUGCCUCGAUAGGAGAUAAAGGCUGGGGAUGUGGAUACAGGAAUUUACAAAUGCUCCUCUCCUCAUUUAUGAAGAUAGAACAAUUUAAGCAUCAUUUACAUGAUAUGAUGGUGAUUCCUUCCAUUCCAAAACUUCAGUCGAUGAUCGAGGAGACGUGGAAACGUGGCUUUGAUCCUCAAGGAGCUGCUCAUUUUAAGAAUAAACUGCAGGGCACUCGGGCUUGGAUUGGAGCAACAGAAAUUUAUUCUCUGCUGACGUUUCUAAGAGUAAAGUGUCGAAUUAUUGACUUUCAUCGCCCCACGGGACCAGGAGGUACACAUCCCCAGUUGUUUGAGUGGAUAAAGCAAUACUUUUCUUCAGGCAGAGAUACGGGAUUGACGUUACAUCCAAGGGUCAUAUGGACAAACAAAACUCCAAUCUAUCUCCAGCACCAAGGUCACAGUCGGACUAUUGUAGGAAUAGAAGAAAGGAACAAUGGAUCACUUUGCCUUUUGAUUUUUGACCCUGGGAGCCACUGCGAAGCAAUGCAAAAGCUUUUACUCCACGAUAUGAAUGCAGGACAUCUAAAAAUGAUCCGUAGAUUCAUUGGGAGCAUGAAACAUAAACAAUAUCAGAUAGUGGCAGUUGAUGGUUUUCUGUCAGUUGAGGAAAAAAAUGCUCGCAAGCAAGCUUCUGCAGUGCUGACGGCAGAAAAAGUGCCAUAAUAGAACACAAGCUUUGUUUCAAUAUACACUUCCACAUUGUAAUCCCUUUACAUAGUCCUUCAUUUGGAUAAAACGUUAAUUCCAAGUUGCACAUCAAUUCCUACUCAAUCUUUGUUGAUUGGAAAGAUUUGUGCAGAUGACAAUUUUAACAUUGAGAAUUUAAAGUUGCUGUCCUGGUUUUAAUCCCACACAUUAGGUCAAAAUAAUAAGGUUUUUCUUAACCUGGAGGAAAAGACAAGCAAUUAACAUCACCUGUAUAGAUGAGACUGAGUGUGGCAAUGUUUCCCAAUCCACCUAGUUUCAGUAUUGUAUAGUUUUCUAGUGAAAAUGGUAGUGGUGUUUAUCUAUGUUGUUUGGUGUUGGUGUAAACAAUUAAACAAAGGUUACAGAAGGCCUCAUUUUACAGUA